AUAGCUGUGCGCUAAACCUGCACAUUUGAAAAGGCUUCGUAUCCACACGUGAUAUACACAAUUAUCAAGUCCUAUAAUGUGUAUUUUGUACAUUUUUCAGAAAAUUGUGCCCCAGUCUAAAUCCUGCCUACUUGAAAGAAAUAACUGGAUACUGAAUCCAGAUUGGUCGUCACUUUUGCCAAUCCUAACGAAGCUUCCAUCUCGUAAUGCCUAUUCGCUGAGUACCUUGUCCGUCAAGUGCAACGUCAUCGACCCUUUUUGAGCCGCUUUGCGUUUAUUUUAUUUACCGUCGAAAACGACCACGUGCUCAAGUCGCACUGUUUCUUUUUAACACUGAUGUACAGUUUUAGCUGUCAAGUUUUUUUUAAAUGGACAACUAAAAUAUUGUAUUUUAGGACAAAGGAAGGCCUUCCGGGCCAAGUCCCGUCUACUCUAGGUACUGAAUACUGAUUGGGCUCCACUAUUGCCAAUCUACCUCAUAUUAGUUUAUUUGUACUUCCAUUGGCUAAUUCUGUUGACUGUCGAAGUGAUUGUGAACGCCCAUUGGAAGUACACUCACGUUCCAAGAACCGCCUACCUGACGUGUGCAAAAGACAGGCGGGAGUACAGUCGGUUGGGGGGAUGGGAGAACACUGUGCAAACUGCGCGCUGAUUGGUCAAAUAGAAGACUUGGAGGAACAACGCGCAAUCUGGUUGGACGCCUAGGCUCCCAAUACGACUUUCCUCACAAAAAAAAAUACUUGUGAAAAGGGGUCGUUAUUGUUUCUUAACCCUGGGAAUUUAUCUGAAAUAAUCGCAACCAUCUCGGUGCGUCAAUCAAAUCAAGCAGUGGAAAAUGGCUGGUGGCAAGGCAGGAAAAGACAGCGGUAAAGCCAAGGCCAAAGCGGUGUCCCGUUCACAGAGGGCCGGUUUGCAGUUCCCAGUCGGACGUAUCCACCGACACUUGAAGACCCGCACCACCAGCCACGGUCGCGUCGGAGCCACCGCCGCCGUGUACAGCGCCGCCAUUUUAGAAUACCUCACAGCUGAAGUCUUGGAGUUGGCGGGCAACGCGUCCAAAGACUUGAAGGUGAAGCGCAUCACUCCUCGCCACCUGCAGCUCGCCAUCCGCGGAGAUGAGGAGUUGGACUCGCUCAUCAAGGCCACCAUUGCCGGCGGAGGCGUCAUCCCCCACAUCCACAAAUCCCUCAUCGGAAAGAAGGGCCAGCAGAAGACCGUGUAGAAGAGCGUUUACCGGACUGCCAUCCUCAGACCAGAGAUUUGUUUUUUUACUAUUGUUAUGAUGUCGUCGAUGAUAGCAAACCAAGAGUGAUUGUUUUGUGUUUGUGUUGUUCUUUCUACUUACCCACCUAACUAGAAUCACUUAACAACUAAAAAUGUUUUGUACGCUUGAGCGAGGGGAGUUGUGGAUGUCAAAAUGGAGACGUUGAAUAUAUUUGAUUGGCCUGCUCUGUUUUAUACUGAAAUUGUUCAAAAGUAUUUUUUUUUAUAUGAUGCCAAUUUGUUUUGUGGUCAUUUCCUGUAACGGCCAAAAUGUGCAGCGGUGCUUUGGUACUGCACAAAAAGUAUUUGUUUUUUAGGUCGCUGAAGUGAAAAGAAAUCACGUUUGCUUACAUGUAUUUUAAACUUGAACAAUGUGAUCACAUGCCCCCACCCCUAUGUGACAUACGUGACACACAUAUAUGUAUUUUACACAUUCAAAGUUGCUAUUUUUACUUAACCUCAGCAGGGCUUUGACACUCAAAUGUACUGUCUGUGCAUACGCGCAACUUGAAUCAAAUGCCAUGACAUUCUUGUAAUGAACGAGUUAACUUUUUUAUUAAGCUGUGUUGUCUUUUUUUGUCUGAAUAAAGCACCCUUUGUAUGCAAUCUGGA